AUGUCUAUCCCACAAACUACCCGCGAGUACCGUCUCCCCAAGAAAGAGGGGUUCCACGACCUCACCCUCGUUGAGUCGCCGAUCCCCAAGCUGAAGGCGACUGAAGUCCUCCUCAAGGUGCACGCCGUGUCUCUGAACUUCCGUGAUGUCGCAAUCGCCAAGAACAUAUACCCGAUGCCGCUGAAAGAGAACCUUGUUCCAGGCUCUGACAUGGCUGGCGACAUCGUUGCCCUUGGGCCCGAAGUCACUGGGUGGUCCGUCGGAGAGCGUGUCUCCGUCAACUUCGCACCGGACCACAUAUUCGGUGAGGCAUCCGAAGAAACGAUCAAUUCUAUAAUGGGUGGCUACAGCGAUGGUGUCUUGACCGAGUACAAGGCCGUUCCUGCGCAUUCUCUGGUGCGCAUCCCGGAGCACCUCAGCUACGAGGAGGCGUCGACGCUGCCCUGCGCCGGUGUGACAGCAUACAACGCCCUCUUCGGCGCCAACCCGAUCAAGGGCAGUGACAUCGUCCUCGUCCAGGGCACCGGCGGCGUGUCCAUCUUCGCGCUUCAGAUUGCCGUUGCCUCAGGCGCGGUCGUCAUCGCCACGUCGUCCUCGGAUAAGAAGCUCGAGCUGGUGAAGAAGCUGGGCGCGACGCACACGAUCAACUACAAGACAACGCCGGACUGGGAGAUCGAGGUCCGGAAGCUCACGAAUGGGCGCGGGGUCGACCAUGUCAUCGAGGUCGGCGGGGCCGGGACGAUCAUCAAGUCGGUGCAGAGCGUGCGCUUUGGCGGGUCGAUAGAUCUCAUCGGCUUGGUCGCGGGGCAAGCCGACGUGAGCAUGCUACCCCUGCUGAUAUUGAAGUCGGGCUGCUUCGUCCACGGAAUACAAGUCGGGCCUCGCGUCAUGUUCGAGGACAUGAACCGCCUCAUCAGCGCUGCCAAGAUCAAGCCCGUUAUCGACAAGGUCUUCCCGUUCGAGCAGCUCAAGGAGUCGUAUGAAUAUCUAUGGAGCCAACAACAUGUUGGCAAGGUCGUUGUGACGAUGUCGAAAGACUGA